AUGCUUGGGCCUCUGGUGCCGCUUCAUCAGGUGAGUUCAUAUCGGCUCCCAAUGUCUUUUGGGAGCUUAAAGGAGAGGGUCGCGGAAUAUAUCAAAGGACUAGGGCCGGAUUGUGGGAACGUCAAUGACUUCUUAUUUGAUAAGAUAAACCAUGAUACAUGUGCCUUCAUUCCGCAGCCGAAGAAAUCCUCUGAACAGUGGCUUUAUAUUUGGGGUAGCCCAGCUCAGGUAGCAGCUGCUAAAAGUGCGAUCAUGCGGUUAAUCAACCGUUGCUCUGUGGGUGGGCUACAAAAGAAGAAAAAGGCGUAUUUCGCAAAAGUUCAUAGUUACUCCCAAGUCAAAGAGGCACGUCUUGAUCAGAUUGACAAACACAGUACUGUUAUUGAACAGCUUCGCCAGAAACCAAGCCUAGCUUUUGAAUUCUUGGAAACACUGCUCUUUCUUUGGCCGACGGAUGAGGUGCCGUUCGACUUAUUGGGGCCGCAAUUAGAGACUCUUGAUCCUAUUCGCCGUGAGACAGGCUGCUACAUAUAUGUUUACGAUGAGCAGCCGUCAUUUAUCAGGGUUGAUGGUGAUGACCAUGAUAACAUUAUUAAAGCUGUACACCGACUUCGCGCUAAAUGGGCGGAGGUUAUGGCAAAGAUUCAUAUCCAGUCUAAGCUCUACCUGGUGCAGUCAGAUUCACCAGAGAUUAGGAAUAACGAGGUCGCAAUAACUCGAGUUGCUCACUCCAUCGGAGCAUUAGGGCAGGAGUAUGCCACGCCAGUGCUACAUGGGCCUCCCCUAACCCCAAUGAACCCGGAUUUCUUGCAAGACCAAGAAGAAAAUCCCACCACCAGUAACGAACGUCGCCUCCGUGAAACAGUUGAGGAAUCACUCCAGGGACUUCGAUUUCUCCGUGGCCAUAUGCGUAUGCGCGUAAACUUUGGAACCUUCAUUCUGGACGAUUACAGAGAACCCAAAGACUCGAGAGCCCGAUAUACAUUUGAUGAAUUUAGGACAAUGCUACUCAAUUCUAGAACUAGAGGACAUCUAGUGCAAGGACUAGAGUACAACUGUGGGAAUACCAAUAUCUUGGCCAAAUGCGCCUCUGCAAAUCAUAUUCUUGCUCCCCUUAAUGGGUCCGAUACAGCUCCCCUUAAACAGCCAGAACCUUUGUAUGCUGUCAAUUUUGAGUUCCAGGGUAGCAGCUCGCUUCUGAGAUUGGAGGUUGAAUUUGCAAAGUCACCGUCUACUGAUAGCUUUGAGGUCUACCAGAAGCGCUGGGUACGACCUCAGGCGGGUGACACUAUUGGUGACAAACGGCCACCGCUCCAGGUUGCAGUUAUUGACUUUGAAAGAUCGGAUUGGCAGUUGGAGAUCAAAGCUCUUGAAUUCCAAGAGCCUUCUACUAUCGAACAAUCUCUGAGAGAGUUCUCCCACUCAGUCAAAUUUAAGCCUGAAGAGAUGCCUGACCUGAGCAGCCCCGGGAAACAACGGGUAUCGUUCUCAAACCUUGCACCUAUUGCCCGAAUUGUCGAGAAAUCAGCCCUGCGCUACCGACUAAAAGGAACUAAUUACAUUUUUGAACUUGCCCGAUACGACGAAUACUCGCCUUCUCAAUGGUCAGCUGCUCAAAUUCUUCAGGGCUCAAAACCGAAUCAUAUGUCCUCCACCCCAGUAACAUCUUGGGGAGCAUCUAUCUUUGACCUACAAUGGGACAACAUGCUCGGCCAGCAUGCUAAUUUCGGAGUUGGGCAUAAUGCAGACUGGAGUCCUAGCCUAAACACAUUCUUCCCUUGCUUUGGUGAUGCUGAUCCAACCGAUCUUCGAAGCGGAUUCAAUUGCUUUAUGCCUCUUAUCCAGCAAGUCUCGUCUUUGCUUGGGCACAAGCGAGAGAGGGGACUUGCAAACAAGACCGUCGUACAGCAAAUGGAGGAAGUGAAUGAAUCUAAUAGCUCCAGCACAACCUGA